AUGAUUGCUGAGAGCUACGCGGACGCUUUCUACGGUUUCGCGCAGGCCCUGUCCGAGCUCGGUGGAGACGCGGAUCCUUACGAUUUGGUUCGCUUUUUUGACGGGGUAGAGAUUAGUUACAAACAGACGGACAAGAAAAUCGUUAUGAACAAAAAUUCUGACGAGCAGAUGGACUUCAACGUAUUCCGGUCAAUAAACGACGAAUGGGCAUUGAGCUUGCAAACGAUCUCCGAAGUUGGCGAUAUUUCUAUUCAAGAAAUUAUGUCUUUAUGGAAUGGUGGAGUGCCUCCGAGUGGGAACCCUAAAUGUGGUCUCGACAACUCAAAGUGCGUUGGAAAUACGAAUCUGUCCAAGGGUGCAUUCGCCGGCAUCAUCACCACUGUCGGAGUCGUCGUUAUUAUCGCUCUUGGGCUGGGUUACUUUUGCUAUAAAAACUGGAAGAAGAAAAACGACUCGAAGGGUCUGGUCAUCAUCAUUCCGGAAUCAGAGAUCAAGCUCAAGCCGGAAAUUCGCGACAAUCGUCCUACAUCCACAACAAACAACAGUUAUUACAGUGGAAUCAGGUCCUUUAGUCGAUCCUCUCGAAACCUCAGCGUUUCAUCUUUAUCGUCCUCUUUCUCGAGCGACUUUCCUAUUUCCAAAUCUAAGACAAUUGUUCCCGGGUAUUACUCCGACACUUUUGUCGCUUUGAAGCGACUGUCGCCGGAAAUCGACAAUUUGCCGAAGUCGCUGAAUACUCUUGGCGUCAUAAGCGAGCUGCGUCAUCUUGUUCAACUGCAGCAUAAUCACAUAGCCAAGAUCUACGGCGUGUACUCAUGCAGUGUAGAAGGGGAGGUACGAGCAUCUCUAGUCACCGAGUUCGGAACCAAAGGAUCCCUCAAAGAUCUCCUCGAAGACAAAGACACGUCCAAAUUCAAUCUUACUUGGGAAAUGAAACGCUGCCUGAUGCUAGACGUUAUUCAAGGAUUGAGCGCAAUUCACCGCGAGUCGAAUUUGGGCUUUCACGGCAACCUCAAGUCCCAAAACUGCAUCGUCGACGGGCGACUGACUGUCAAACUUACCGACUUUGGCCUGGCAAGUUUGCUCGAUCCCGUGCGACAUGCGCGAAAAGAGGAAAGGCUGAAAAAAGAAGAGUCAAAAACUGAUGCUUAUUACCAGGCAUUGCUGUGGAUGGCUCCAGAAAAGCUCAUGCUAGAAUGUUCAGAGCUCUUCAAGUCAACGUCAAAGUCGACCUACGACAGCAUUCAAAUUGAGAGUAGGGAUAAGGUGAAACGAGAGCAAAGCGCGGAUAUGUACUCCUUCGGCAUUAUUUGCCACGAGAUCAUGUAUCGCAAGGGGCUCUUCUGGCUUGGCCCUGAUUCCGAAGAGCCAGAGAAUUUCGAAUUUACUCGCCCGCAGAACAUCAUCAAGCGAAUGUUUCGCAAAGAAGCAUCCAAGUCCGAUUCGCAGCCAUUUUUGGACGAUAUUGAACGCCCGGACAGAUUUUCUGUGGAAGACGCAGAUGUUUUCACCGUUUCUCCGACAUUAAAAGCAAUGGUCGAAGGUUGUUGGACAAAAAAUCCAGACGAGCGUUUGAAAAAGUCAGACAGCGAGCAAAUAAUUAAAGGACUUGUGUCCAAGAUGCAAGCAUCAUCUCUUGUGGACUCGCUCAUGGACAGGAUGGAAGACUAUUCUUGCCAUUUGGAAGAUCUUGUCGAAGAAAGAACGAUUCAGUACAAAAAGGAGAAAGAACGCGCAGAUGAUCUAUUGUAUAGAAUGCUGCCAAAGUGCGUUGCGGAUGAUAUGAAGAAUGGUCGGCCAAUUAAGCCUCGCCAGUUUGACAAUGCUACGGUCUUCUUCUCCGACAUUGUUAAUUUCGCCCAAAUUACGAAAUGCCUAGAAUCGCGUCCUAAGGAGAUCGUCUCCAUGCUUGACCAGCUGUAUACUCUUUUCGACUCCAUCACAGAGCGCUUUAAAGACAUUUACAAAGUCGAGACGAUCGGAGCCGAUUACAUGGUCGUUUCUGGCCUACCCGAGCCGCUUGAAAACCCGCCGCCGGGAUAUUACGCCGGCGAAAUCGCCAAAUUUUCCCUCGAACUUAUGAAAAAUGUAAAAGUCGAACUGAAUAAGAUGGAUCCUAAUUCUGACGAUGUUCUCUGGCUAAAGAAUCUGAGAAUUGGUUUUCACUCAGGGAGCUUAGUUGCGGGUGUAGUUGGCCAAAAAAUGCCCAGAUACUGCCUCUUUGGAGAUACAGUCAACACGGCCAGCAGAAUGAAGUCAAACGGAAAAGAGCUCAAAAUUCACGUGUCGAGCGAGGCGUAUGCAGAAUUGGUUCAAACCAACAUGUUUCAUCUUGAAUCACGUGGAAAGGUUCAUUUGAAAGGAAGAGGCGAAAUGGAUUGCUACUGGUUAGUGGAGCAAAUAAACGCGCUGGAAUCUUUCGGCGGAGACUAUCCACAAAGCAGCAUCAUGAAGCCUCCAGUCGGCGGAGCCCGAAAGCACGCUAGAAAACAGGAUAGAAACACGAUUACGGAAGGAAACUCGGCAAAAAGAUCAUCGGGCAAUAUGAACUCGUACGGGAGACAGUCGGGACAAGGCACGCAAAAUCAUUCCAGAAACAACACUGGCCGUUCUAAUUUCAUCGAAACAGACGACGAUGUUUUCGAAACUGGAAAAAGAAGGAAAACAAUGCCUUCAGUUUGUUUUGGCGAAAGCCCUCAAAUAAUAGAAAUAAGUGAUACUGGAAGGAAUUUCCUUGGCGGGCUGGCUCCCGAACAGCCUUCAAACUUUCUGGCCGCGGAAAGAACAAUGCCGAAGAUUAGUGCGAGCUCGAAGCAGAGUUCUGGCUAUUAUUUAGGGCUCAGAUUCAAAUAA